CCGUAUUACGUAGGCAUGCGUGAGAGCGACGAUGUUGUUGUCGAGAAGUCUCUGCACCGGGAGACUCUUGCCAGCCUGUUCCCUCGGUUCCGCGAGGCUCAGGUCGAUCCCUUCCGCAUCUCGUUCCGUGAGCACCGAGGCAGCAGGUGACAUGGGUCCGAAAGUGAUCGACCUUCGAAGCGACACGGUGACCCGACCGGGUCCGGAAAUGAGGAAGGCGAUGUUCGAUGCCCACGUCGGCGACGACGUCUUCCGGGACGAUCCCACCGUCCUCCAAUUGGAGAAGAAAACAGCCACACUGACGGGGAUGGAAGCGGCACUCUUCGUCCCUUCGGGGACCAUGGGGAACCUCAUCUGCAUCAUGACGCAUUGUUGGGGGAGAGGGAGCGAGAUCUUCGUCGGGGACCAAUCUCACAUUUUCCUCUGGGAACAAGGAGGAUCCGCUCAGGUGGCAGGAGUGCACCCGCAUCCGCUGAGGAACAACCCGGACGGGACGUUCAGCACGGAGGAACUGAGGAGGAAGGUGCGGGAAGACGACCCUCACUGUCCGAUCACGUCUCUGGUCUGCAUCGAGAACACCCACAACAUGUGCGGCGGGAGGAGUCUUCCCAUUCCCUGGAUCGACGAGGUGGUGACGGUGGCGGGGACGCUGGGGAUCCCGGUGCACGUCGACGGUGCGAGGUUGCUGAAUGCGGCCGUGAAAGAAGGCGUUCCUCCGGCCAGGCUCCUCCGAGGCUGCAGUUCCGUCAGUCUCUGCCUCAGCAAAGGCCUCGGCGCACCCAUCGGAUCGCUCAUCGCCGGAUCUCAUUCCUUCAUCCAACGAGCCCUGAGAGUGAGGAAAUUGCUCGGUGGGGGAAUGAGACAAGUAGGAAUCCUCGCUGCUGCGGGCAUCUACGCCCUGGACCAUCAGUUCCGUCGUCUCGAGGAAGACCAUUCCAGGGCGCGCUACUUGGCCCAGAAGAUAGCCGAGAUCGCGCACCCGAUGGUCGGAGUGGACGUGGACGGGGUUCACACCAACAUCGUCCUCUUGAGACUCAACACGGAAGUCGGAGGAGAAGAGGGGAUCUCGGUGCUGAUGGGGCCGAUGGGGGACGACGUCGUCCGCUUCGUCCUUCACUGUGACGUUCGUGCGGAGGACGUGGACCUCGCCGCGAGCAAAUUCGAAACCGUCAUCAAGGCCAUUCCUUGGGAGAUCCCUUCGUCGUCCGGUCGUGAGACCAAGGGACGCGAACCGUAAAAGAAGUCGCGUUUGCGGGCUUUCGAAAUCAUUCUUCGUCGCGAGACCGAGUGCGAUCGCUCGGUCACGGAAGAGUGUCGAAUCCAUAGUUCCGUGAAAGAACAUUUGGGAGACCGUAUUAAACGAAUGCAGUCACGAAAGCACGAAUUGGAAUCAUUUCGUUGAAUUUCUCGGGUAAAAUUAUGCAGUGAUGUCGAUUUCGCCCGAUCUCGCUUCUUGUGGAUUUCAGCGGCACUGGGACGUAUUCUUUGGGGGGGG